AUGACUACAGAUCCGCCCACUCUAGAGCACUUUCUUCAGCCUCUGGAUGUGGAUAUUGAAAAGAUUCAUGCAUUAGCUAAGAGUCUUUGUGAAACGUUCAAGCAGUUGGCGAAGGAGUCCAAAAACCAGUUCUUGAGCACGCCUGUCUCCGAAGGGGUGUUAAGACCCGAGAAAGAGGCAAAAGGAAGAUAUUUGGCUAUUGACAUCGGAGGAUCAAAUCUCAGAGCUGGAUUUAUUGAGCUACUAGGUUCUUCUACUCAGAAUGGAUUGACAUUACCAGGUAAAGUCAAUAGAGUACUUGAGAAGUCAUGGCAAAUUGGCGAAUACCACAAGUGCAACAAUGCAGACGAACUUUUCGCAUGGGUAGGCAAGUGUGUCGCGGAAGUUGUCCAGGAUGGAUUCAACAAAUGGGGCUUGCAGCUACCUUCCGAAUUGCCCAUGGGCGUUACAAUGAGCUUUCCAAUGAUUCAAGACACAUUGUCAGAAGCGAUCCUGAUGUCCAUGGGUAAGGGAUUUGCUAUAACCUCAAACCUCAACCUUGGUCAGCAGCUCCUCAAAGGCUACGAAUCAUCAACUGCAUCCAAGUCCCAUCUCCCCCGCAUCAAGAUCACCGCCAUAGUAAACGAUGCUGUCGCAACCCUAAUCUCCUUCGCUCACCAACACCAACAUACCCCUCACCAAAAAGCCGCCAUGGGUUUAAUCGUCGGCACCGGCUGCAACGCCACCAUCCCCCUCUCCCUCUCCAAACUUCACUCCUCCAAACAUCCAUCCCCUACCCUCUCACCAGUCGACCCCAGUCAAAAAGACACCAAGAUAAUCAUCAACACGGAAUGGUCCAUCAACGGCACAGCACCACCCCUCCACACCCUCAACUUCAUCACCAAAUGGGACACCAUCCUCGACACCAACAGCGACACGCCGGGCUUCAUGCCCUUCGAAUACAUGACCGGCGGCAAAUACCUCGGCGAACUAGGCCGACUCAUCAUCCUCGACUAUUUCACCACCCAACUCCAAAUCCCUCUCGAAUCCCUCCCCACCGUUCUCCGCGAACGCAAUGCUCUCGAUGCGAGUGUUCUGGCUCGAGUAGGAAGAGGUGAUCUGCUUUGUCAACCUCUCGAUCUCGCAAUGCCUUUCCCUGAAGAUCCAGUGACCGGUAAACGCAAGAAAUGGACUCCAGAAUUAGCGCACGCCCUCGUGCAAAUCGCAAAGAGAAUCGAAGUUCGUGCCGCGGGUAUGGUAGCAGCCGCCAUCAUAGGACUACUGGCCGCUGCCGACGAAAUCCCCUUUGCUUCAUCGUCGCGGCGCUCUUCAUCAUCCAGCCCCAAGGAUGCUUCCUCGCCAUACAAACCAAAGUCAAAGCAAACCAAAACACACCAAACCUCGCCCCACGUCACCGAACUCCUCGUCGGAUAUACCGGCUCCUGUAUCUCGCAUUUCCAGGAUUAUCUCGUCGAUUGCCAAUUCCAACUCGACGAUAUCAUGCGCAGAGAAUUUGGCCAAGAUCAGGGAGGUAAGCGAGUGGUGCUGGAAGCUUGCGUCGAUGGCAGUAUUAUCGGGGCGGGCAUUUUGGCGGGAACGGUGGCGUGUUUGGAGGAGACGCUUUUGGCGGAGGGCUUGCUGGGGAAGAAUUUGGGGAUGGAGGGUGCAUUGAAGGGAUUAGAUUAG